AGGCGCAUGCACGGCGCGGUGCGGCCGGGCGGUGGGCGCGCAGGUGAGGCGGUCGCGGCGGCUGGUUGUCAUGGCUUCUCGCUGGCGGAGGGAGGGCAGGUGGAGGAGCUGGACGUGGGACCCCACCUGCACAGGGUAAUAUGUGAACUGAUCUGCAAGAGAAGAAACAGCCAUGUCAGCUCUGUGUCCGCCACCGUCUCCUGCAGUUGCUAAAACAGAGAUCUCUAUGAAUGGCGAGUCACCUUUAUUAGCUGCCACUUUUGCUUACUGGGACAAUAUCCUUGGCCCCCGAGUACGGCACAUCUGGGCCCCAAAGACAGAUCAGGUACUUCUCAGUGAUGGUGAAAUAACUUUUCUUGCUAACCACACCCUGAAUGGAGAAAUACUUCGGAAUGCAGAAAGUGGUGCGAUAGAUGUGAAGUUCUUUGUCUUGGCAGAAAAAAGAGUAAUUAUUGUGUCGUUAAUCUUUGAUGGAAACUGGAAUGGCGACAGAAGCACAUAUGGACUAUCGAUUAUACUUCCACAAAGUGAACUUGCCUUCUACCUACCUCUUCACAGAGUAUGCGUGGAUAGGUUAACACAUAUUAUAAGGAAAGGAAGAAUAUGGAUGCAUAAGGAGAGGCAAGAGCAUUUCCAGAAGAUUGUCUUGGAAGGCACGGAGAGAAUGGAGGAUCAGGGCCAGAGCAUCAUUCCAAUGCUAACAGGAGAAGUUAUUCCUGUAAUGGAGCUCCUUUCAUCUAUGAAAUCACACAGUGUUCCGGAAGAAAUAGAUAUCAGUGACACAGUACUGAAUGAUGAUGACAUUGGGGAUAGUUGUCACGAAGGCUUUCUCCUCAAUGCAAUUAGUUCACAUCUGCAGACCUGUGGUUGUUCUGUAGUUGUAGGAAGCAGCGCAGAAAAAGUUAAUAAGAUUGUGAGAACGUUGUGCCUGUUCCUUACACCAUCAGAGCGGAAGUGUUCCAGACUCUGUAGAAGUGAGUCAUCUUUCAAGUACGAGUCAGGGCUUUUUGUUCAAGGUUUACUCAAAGAUGCAACAGGAAGUUUUGUGUUGCCCUUCCGUCAAGUAAUGUAUGCUCCAUACCCUACUACACACAUAGAUGUAGAUGUCAAUACAGUGAAGCAGAUGCCCCCUUGUCAUGAACACAUCUACAACCAACGACGGUAUAUGAGGUCUGAGCUGACAGCAUUUUGGAGAGCUAAUUCAGAUGAAGAAAUGUCUCAAGAUCCUAUUAUCCACACAGAUGAGAGUUUCACACCUGAUUUAAAUGUUUUUCAAGAUAUCCUGCAUCGAGACACAUUGGUAAAAGCCUUCCUGGAUCAGAUCUUUCAUCUGAAACCUGGCUUGUCUCUGAGGAGUACAUUCCUUGCACAGUUUCUGCUAGUCCUUCACAGAAAAGCUUUAACUUUAAUAAAAUACAUAGAGGAUGACACGCAGAAAGGAAAAAAACCUUUUAAGUCUCUUCGUAGCUUAAAGAUAGAUCUCGACCUAACAGCAGAGGGCGAUCUUAACAUAAUAAUGGCUUUGGCUGAGAAGAUUAAACCUGGUCUACAUUCCUUCAUCUUUGGGAGACCAUUCUACAUCAGUGUGCAAGAGCGUGAUAUGCUAAUGACGUUUUAAAAUUCUCCACUGUUAAUGUGUAAUAUUGCAUGGCACUAAGAGAAAUCUGUCAAUGUGAACACCGUGCUUGUGACAAUCGUUGACCUGAUUUACAGCGGGUCAGUAGAAACAGUAACACUACAGUCUGUCUCAAGCAGUCUUGUCAAAGGGAGUAUCAAGGAGCUAGGUAAGCGUGAUUUAAAUGAAUCCGUUUCUUCUGUGUGCUUUUUCAGUAGUAAAAGCAAACAUGAUCAGAAGUUCCUUUGCUGGAUGGGCUCACUAGGUAAAUUCGAACCUGUUUUGGAUAAAGGAAGGCAUCAUUUUCUUUCCCCACAAAUUUCUUUCAGGUGUGUCAGUUUUCCCGUUCAACACAGUGUCAGUAUUUUUAGCGUUUCCAUAAAAUAACAUUGUGCAUGUCCUCUCUAAUCCGGGAGGUUCAGGAGUUUUAAAGAGUUUUUUAAAGCAUCCUUUUGUAUAUGAUACAAUUCUGAAAUAUGCCUUCCCUUAUCUCCGUUUAAAACGCGACUAGCUCCUUCAUUAGAGCUUUUAAAGGUCAGGGACUUCAUUUUCUGUUUUUAGUUGUUUGGGUUUUUUGGGUUUUUUUUUUUUUUUUUUUUUUUUUUUUUUUGAUGUACUCUACAGUGCUGUUCCUGCGAGCAUUGUGUUGGCUAUUAGCAGCAUAAAUUGUAGCACCCUGCACGUUGGAAUUGGGUCAUUAUUUAAGCAGCUUUCUGCAUGUAAAUGCCAACCAGGAUAUUCUGUCACAGGCUGUUGAGCCAUCCUGCAGUUGAGUGUUCAGUGAUCCAGCAUAAUUGAGCUCUUUCAAAGCACAAAGCAGAAAACUUCAUGUUAUUCAACAACAGUUGUCAGUCUUUGUGUCUAAACUGCUGCGGCUUUGUCUACUGGCAGUUAGAAUAAGGUUCAGAUUAAAGCAUUAGGCCUUUCCAAAGAACAACAGGGUGAUAGCCACGUUGGAAGAUAAAACUAAUUCUUUUUAUACUGCGAUUAAUGUAUUUAUUAAUCCUGAUAAAGAGAUCAGCACAGCUCUGAGCUUGCAUGAUUAGCAUUUUACUAAGUGAAUUCAAGCCAAUAAUCUUGCCAAUCUUCUUAGUUCAUAGCCAGCAAAUAUUCAACUUUGCUUUGCUUGAAAAUAAAAAGAAGUAUAGAACUCCAGUAACAGUGAAAGUUGCAGCGUCAAGUUAACCAGGCCUAUUCUUUGACCAUUUGGUCAAGUUUGGUGUGUUAUACUGUGAGGAGAGAUUAGUCUGCACUGUGUGGUGAUAUAUUUAUUUCUGGACAAAGCAGAAAUGUGUUUGUUUCAUGUUUUAGUGUAACCCCAUAGCUCUGUCUUUCUUGUAGAGGAGCUACUUGUGCGAUUUGAGAAGGUGCUGUUGCCUCAUUUGCUUACAAUUGUUUGCAACGUUCCUUCACUGUAACAGAAAUAUGUUUCUGUUUUCAGGAUAGCUGUCCAGCAUCUCUUUUAUGCAAUGAGUUAGUUAGUAACUCAGACUUUCAACUUUUCCUGAAAUAUCCAAUAUUCAGUUCUUGAAAGGAAAGCUGUCUUUUUGUUUGUUUGUUUGUUUGUUUGUUUUUACAUGCCCAGAGUUCCUUUUUAUUUCCUGAAAAAAGAAAAAUUUACAACUAAAUACUUAAAGCUUUGAAAAGAAGUGGAAUCCAACCCCAGCGGGUGCCAUUUUCUGUGAAUAAAAAUCAGUUGUGCUAUGUUACCUUGGUUACAGCACGUGGCCCUUUUUGUGCUGUACAUGUAUGUUGGACUCCUGCAAUAUGAGCUCAGCGUUUCACCCAAGGAACUUGUCAGAAAUACGAUGACCUCAGUUAUUUGUGCUGACGUUCUGUUUGCCUUACUAACACUAUAAUUUCCCUUUGUGUUUUCAGCCAGUUUACACAUUAGGAAAGAGGCUGAUUGAUAAGUUUUUACUCUGUUGUCUAAGGUUGUGAAAAGUAAUGUCAUGAACUCUUCUCAAAAUUCUAAUACAGAAGUUGUGUUUGAGGACUAACGAGCUUCAAAUGUGCUGCUGAAUUUAAUCACUCCAGCUUCACAGGCAUUGGAAACUUCACACUGACACUACUAACAGUAGAGCUCCAUCCAAUUAUGGAACAUGCUGCCACUUUGAAAUGACUGAAAGCUGGAAACAUAUCAGUUGCUACCUUUGUUGCACAAGUGUCACUAGUGCAGAAUGUAUAGUGAAGUAAGUUAUUAAAUGCAUCUGCAUGCUGUGUUGUAAAUCUUGCUCAGGAAAAAUACUACUCUAAUAAAAUUUAUGCCAAUUUUUUUAUUUUAA